AUGUGGGUGGCCGCCAAAACCGGCGCAACCCUUGUCAUGAAGGACAUUCGAGUAAUUGACGCAAUGCCAUCAGCGCUCCUGUCGGUCACUGCCAUGAUGCGGCGCGACCCGAAGUUCGCCGUCACACUUGACACUCACGGCUGCAGUAUCAUGCAUGGCACCAACCCCGUCGAAACGGCUACAGUUGACCCAAAUCGAAAGGUCUACGUCUUGGACCUUGCCGCAACAACCGAGUAA